AUGAUGCGAUUUUGCGUUUUAGGGGUUUUCUUGUUCUUCCUCGUCCCUUCUCUAGUCUCCGCGGGUUUCUACCCCAACUCCUCAGCUGUUCCGCCGGAUCUCCGCCGUAGCGCCACCGGGAACGUCUGGAACUCGUUCUUAAAUUUCACCGGCUGUCACGCCGGCAUGAAAGUCGAUGGCCUCUACAAGCUUAAAAAAUACUUCCAACAUUUUGGCUACAUCCCCGAAACUCUCUCCGGAAACUUCACCGACGACUUCGACGAUAUCCUCAAAACCGCCGUCGAAAUGUACCAGAGAAACUUCCAGCUAAACGUCACAGGAGAACUCGACGAGCUCACUCUCAACCACGUCGUGAUCCCACGUUGCGGCGUCGCCGACGUUGUUAACGGCACGUCAACUAUGCAUAGCGGUAGAAGAGCCUACGAGGUCUCCUUCACCGGACGGGGUUCAAGAUUUAACGCCGUCAAACUCUACUCGUUUUUCCCGGGAGAGCCGCGGUGGCCGGAGCGCCGCCGUGAUUUGACCUACGCGUUCGAACCGCGGAACGCGUUGACCGAAGAGGUCAAGAGCGUGUUCUCACGCGCGUUCGUCCGUUGGGCGGAGGUGAUUCCGCUGACGUUCACUCGCUCGGAGACGUUCUCGACCUCCGACAUCAGCAUCGGAUUCUACUCCGGCGAACACGGCGACGGAGAACCUUUCGACGGCGAAAUGGGAACGCUUGCGCACGCUUUCUCGCCGCCGAACGGACAUUUCCACCUCGACCAAAACGAGAAUUGGAUCGUCUCCGGCGACGGAGGCGACGGGAGGUUUCUCUCGGAGACGUGGGCUAUUGAUCUGGAAUCGGUGGCUGUACAUGAGAUCGGACAUGUUCUAGGGUUAGGCCAUUCGUCGGUUCAAGAUUCGAUCAUGUAUCCAACCAUCACGACCGGGAGGCGUAAGGUUGAUCUGACGAGCGAUGACGUGGAAGGAGUCCAGUAUUUGUACGGUGCGAAUCCUAACUUCAACGGCUCGACAUCUUCACCACCGUCCACUCAACAACGAGACACUGGCGAUUCCGGUGCGGCUUUUAGAAUCGACGGCUCUAGAUCGGUUUUGACUAAACUAUUGAUGUCGACCGUUGGAUUGUUUUUCUUGUAUUCAUUAUAG